AUGCCGCCACUCUUCCUCCUCCUUCUCGUGGCCGCCGCCGACGCCGCCAGAAACGUGACCGUCUCCAAGUGCUGCCCUUUCUCACACACCCUCACCAACGAAAAUAAGUGUGUCCCUGUGACCGCCCCCGAGUGGAACCUGCGGGUGUACAGCCCCAACUCCCGCAAGUACCUUCCCUUGAACCAGGUCCCCCCGAACUGGCACCUCCAGGAGGCCAUCAAACCCCCGUGCUCGAUUCCGGGACUGCUCACCACGUCCACGUUGGGGAGUUACGUGCCCUUCCAGAACGGCUCCCUCUUCGUGGUGCACAACAACAAGCUGGUGCAUCCUCCGGACUACUGCAUCGAUUACAACGCCGUGCUGUAUUGUCUCCAGGAGGAGCAGGAGGCGGAGAACAUCACGUUCGUCCAGGUGAAGAAGUGCUGUGGAGAGAAUGCGAUUUUUUCCGAUACGAAUAAGACCUGCAUUCAUAUGAAAAAUGGGGGUUAUAAAGUGGAUGUGGGGAGCGAAAAAAGGUUGGUUGAGGGAUUCCCGAACUGCCACCAGCAGGAGCUGGUGUUUGUGGGGAAGCUGAAGGAGGCGGACAUGCUGCGUAAUGGCAGGUUGGUCCUGCAGGAGUCGAAGGUGGUGGUGCCGCCUGGGAAUUAUUGUUUGGAGCACGUGCUGGAGGAUGCGGGUAUGUUGUCUGAAAUAAAUGCCACGCAGAUAUCGUCAUAGAAAUCGGCUUUGGGUUGUCCUACAACGUUGGCAGUAUGUUUUUGAGUUCG